AUGGCCACUGCCUAUACUAUCCGUAUCGCCCCCGACAAUACUGGGCUCUGCAAAGUCCGACAGGAUGAGUCCACCGCCAAGGCCGCCUCUGACUUGUUGCAGGACGACCUCGAGAAACACCAUGUCUUCUUCAACCCCCGGGGGUUCCAUAACCAUAUAAGCCACCACAUCCUGUCCUUGUACGGCACCGGCGCUUCCUCUGAGGACAUGAAGAAGGGCUUCGAUGGAAACAAGUCCUACCAGCGACCGGCAUUCGAGGCCCACCGGGAGGUGAUCGAGGGGCUGAAGGACUGGGAGGUGGCCAAGGGGCGUCUAGCAAACGAACUGCACUAUCCCGACUUCCUCGCCUUCUUCCAAAAGGAAAUCGAGAGGCUCGGGUGGCAGCAGGUGCUGAAAGAAUAUGUCUUCAACGGCGACACCAAGAGCGAGGACAUGAUGCUUAGGAUGUUUUCCGGUGAGCUGGUCGGCCAGACGGCGAUGCCGCGAUACAUGCUCCCCAAAGGGUGCCCGGACUGGAAGUUGACAGCUUCACCAGCUCUCCUCCACUCCCUGAUCCAGCUGAUGUACGGCGUGGAAUGGGAGCAGCCCGCCAUGGUCGCCAUGGGCCUGGCGCAGGCCGCCGUCCACCGAGACAGCCUGAGAGCCUUCCUCCUCGGCGCGGAGGAGGCCGCCAAGUCGAACCCGGACCCGAUGCCCAGUAUCGUGAGCCUUCUCGAGGAGAUCCGGUCGAACAAGACCGUUGCGGCGGCCGUCGAAAAGGCCGGCAUCGACGAAAUCCGCCAGGGAGUCCUCGAGGGAACCUGGGACGAGACCAUCGCGAUUGCGAGCCGUGUCAAGAUCAAGCCCGAGGAGCUGGACGAGCGCACCGCCGAGAUGUACGACUCCACCAUCUACGCCAGCGCCGCCGCCGCGUUCCGGCCCGGCAAAUACCCCAAGUUCGACUUCAUCCUCAUGCACCACGUCAACGUCAAUCCCAUCUUCCUCGUCAUAAACCGCCAGGACUGGAUCCCGAUCGAGAGCAAGGUGCGUCUCCUCGAGUGGAAGAUACGCAUCGAUAUUGCCCACUACGUCAACAGGGGCUGCCCCCCUCUCAGUCUCGAGAACGUCGCGUCGUAUGUUCCGACGGAUAAGAGUAUUGGCCCGGCAGACGCCCAACUGCCCCGCGUCCACGCCCUGGACGACGACGGGCACGCCAUCAAGCUCUUCCGGGCGCUUAUCCUAGGCCGGGAGCUUAGCGAAAAGUACGGCGACAGGGACUGGGCCAACGUCAAGGGCGACUGCUUGUGGACGCGGCUCAUCCACCUCAUGGUCGACUCGGCGGAGUCGCCCGGACCGCGUUGGAUCCGCAGUAAGAUGCUAGGGGCGUCCUGGGCAUUUAUCCCGGACCUACCGUAAGGUGGCGGAGGUGGUAUGCCAUUCGCCGGGUUGGUCGGGGAGGUCUGUUCUUGUAAGAACACGUGUAAAAUUAGCACACACGCACACACGCACGCACACUCCCCUUUUAGUCAUUGAUUUUGGUGCGACGAGGGUACUGCUUGCUGUGUCGAAGAGAAGAAGGAAAAAAAAUAAAAAGCCAUCCUAGGCAGUUAAGGGGAGAGGCGGAUGGUCUGGCGUCAUCGUUCAGUAUAUGUAGCACCUAGGUACAUAUAUAAACCCGAAAUAACUCGGUGCAAUACACGGCCAGUGUGAGCUUUACCUUGCCAUUCUUUGCGGAGCGGUCAACGGCCCGGGGGGGGACAGUAUCGGUCGACGUGCAUGAGGCUCUCUCCUUCUCCUUCUCCCUCUCAUCGGGGAAAACGCGGGGACCGGCGCGACGACGCCGCAACACCCUCGCCUCCAGCAACGCGCACAGCGGCAGCACCGCCCGUCUUCGCUGCGGCCGCGGCAUAUUUUCGCUUCUCUUCGUAUCACGACGCACGACACGCGUGUAGGGUAGGAUUCACGGCCAUCAUAGGAAGAAGAAUAAGAAGAGAACCCUCAGGGAUACGGUGAAACCAGGGAGAGAAAAAAAGUCGAGUUUUCUUUUCUUGGGAGAACAGAGAAGAAAAAGAGAAGAAAAAGAGAAGAAAAAAAGAAAAGGAAAUGGGGUAUGGGGUAUGGGGUGGCA